AUGGCGCCACCCACUGACGAUUCCCCGGUCGCAGACGCGGCCCCGGCCCCGAUCCUCUUCCGUGCAAACAAGAAGCGCAAAGCAGGCCUCCGCCAACGCGCCGUAUCUCCCUCCGACGACAACGGGUGCGAAACCACCACACUAGCUGCGGCUUCCCCGUCCGCUGCUAUAACGACGAUAACGACAUCAGCAUCAGCUACAGAGACCGUCGCCGACGAUGGCCCCGAAUCACACAUCCCCUCCGCCCUCCGCCACCGCGCCCGCAAACGUCUAAACGGCGUAGGCUUCUCCGCCCGAGGGUCCUCGGGCGUCCCCGCCGCCGCCGGAGACGACGCAGACCCACUGAGCCUCUCAUCAUCAUCGCGCGCGCUGGUCCCCACGCCAGCACAAACUCCAGACGACGAUCCCCUCAUCGCAAAGCGCUUUGCACCGCAGACCGGCGCGGCGGCCACGACGAUCGUCAACAAACACAUGAUGGAAUACAUAGAAUCGCACCUCUCUAACCGCAACACCCCCCCUGCGCAACCACCACCAACAUCCUCGGCAUCAUCAUCAAACUCCCAACAUAAAGACGCAACCCGCGCCGCGACGAAUCCGUCAAUAGCAACUGCCGCAGCCGCAGAAACACCCGACCCCAAAAACCACCCCAUUAUGCAGGGGAAACUCAUGGAGGUCGACCUCGGCGACGAGGUUCGCGCCCGGAACCAAGCCAUGACGGAAAAAGCCGCCCGCCGCCUCCUCGGCGAAGCCGUCGACGACGAUCUCGGCACCAGCGGCCGUAGGGCCAAGAAGCCCCGCCUCGGAAGGGACGGCAAACCUUGGCGGCCUAGGAACCGGCGCAACAGCGACGACAUCAAGCGCGACCAGCUCGUCGAGGAGAUUUUGCGCGAAAACAGACUUGACGUCUACGAUGUGCCGAAACCCCAGGAACCUCAAAACGACGGCGACGGUAACGCAGAUGACCGCAUCGCCGAGGAGUUCCGGCGUGAGUUCAUGGACGCCAUGGUCCAGCGCCAGCAAAAGAAGAAGACGGCGGCGCCGGCGGCCCGUACCGGGAUUCGCAAGGCCGAUGAAGAGGUCCUCAAGGGUCCCAAGUUGGGAGGCAGUCGUAACGCUAGAGCUGCCAUGCGCGAUCUGCUCUUGAAGAAAGAGAAAGAGAAGGACUCGAGGAGAUGA